AUGAGCAUAGGCAUUAUUGCAGCGAUUGCAGGUGUCCUUAUAUUAUUAGGAGUCGCUGGAUUCUUUGUAAACCGCUAUAUGGGUGCAAAACAACAUCAGGACGAUGACAAGCACUUUAUGCAAGACGUUUCUGUCUCCAAGGUGAAUACGACUACGACUACGACUCACACGCAUCAUCCUUAUCCUCAGCCUACGGAAUCCCAUCAUGUAUUUGAGACGAAUCCUCGAAAUACCCCUACGGAAUACGACUUUACGACGUUAGACGUCCCAUCGACAAAGGCGACGCCAGAUCCAUUGGCAUCGUCGAUUGCUAUGCUCCAUGCUGCUUCUAGUGGUUUUCCAAGUCCACCACCACCCGAGAAACCAGUACGAUACAAUUUCGAUCCUGCUCAAUCAACCGUCAAUGGUGCGGCGCCGUCGACGUCACCUUUUAAUAGAAAGGAUGCUGUCCAAGCUUCACGUCCAAGUAAUAGUAACUUUGAAGCCCACUCGAUGGAGUUUAAUGCGGUUACUGGGAGUUAUGCUGAAUCCUUUAACGAGUCCUACGCUGGGUCCUUUGUUGGUUCCAUUGCUGGCUCGUAUGCCAAUUCGUUCUCUGGAACGUACAAUGGACAUGGAGUGCUCAAUUCGUUUGAUAGUAAUGCUGAUGAUUUUGGACGAGACACUGUUGGGACAAUAGCGUCAGAGGCACCUGAGCGACCAAGUCAAGUACAAUCAGGUGAGGUGGAACAGUCUCACUGGAUGAACGACAUGCGUGGCACUAAUGACAGCUACGCGAUGCUCGAGUCGGGCUCCUUCGAUCGCACAUCGGCUCUCUCACGCUUUUCGACGGAUUCGGAUGUGACCAACCGCCCGACACAGACUUAA